AUGGCAGGUGGGAGGAGGUCCUGGCAGCACAACAUUAAACUGGAGGCACGACAAGAGGGAAGCACGUUUUCCUCACUUAUAUGCAAUACAAUACAGUGGUCUAUGGGCGGGAUGUUCGGACCCACGAACCCAUUGAUGCUCACCUCGGCUGUUAAGCGGAAACAGUCGCAUCCGCACAGCCUCAUUGAGCUUCGACGAUGCGGAGAAGAGAUGUCAAUUGAGGCAUUGAAGAAGGAGGAGAUUUCAGAUGAAGAGCUUGAGAUUGUGUAA